GUAUAAACUUAUCAGAAGAAUUGGUUAGACAUUCUUUGUUUUCAUAAAAAUAUUAAAUAAAAACGCAUAAGAAUGACUUCGGUACAAGAAAGUUUGUUAAUGGAUGAAUGGUCAACACGUGAGCAACUUUGUUUGGCGUCAAUUGUCGCCAACAACGGUGGUGAACAACAAAAUUGGAUGCUUUCGAGCGGUACCAUGAAAUUAUUGUGUGUAGGAAAAACAAGACCUAAUGAUUGGUUUUCACCAAAAAAUUGUGCUGCUCAAUAUCGAAUGUUGGAAGAAGCUGAGGCGCUAAAGCUUAAAAAGUGUAGCCCCGAGAGCGGUGAUUCCGCUGAAAACUCCUCCGUCGGUGAUGUUAUAAAACGUUUGACAGAAGAGCGAAAGCAGGAGCUAAAGAGUGAAAUCAAAAAAGAACAGGAAGAAUAUGCAAAAUUAUACGCUGAUAUUAAGGCUUUGCAAUCCGGUAAUUUAGAUGAUGAACAGCUUCUGCAAAUGUGGCGUGAUAUUGAGAAAGAGCAAGAAAUGCAACGUGUGGAUGAAAUGAAACUUGAAAAUCAACUACGCGAGCGAGAGGAACGAAAGAAAGAAUAUCAACGCAACUGGCGAGCAAGCAACGCAUUGCACAGUGCUUCCACAUCUUCCGAUUCUCUCAAAUCUUCCACUGACACUACAGCAGUUGAUAUGGACGUAGAAGAGAUUAUAGGCACGGGUAAAGUAGUUCUGGCAACUAUAACCACAAAUGCUCAAAUACAAACGGUCACACCAGCUCCUUUGCUUUCAUCUUUGUUAAAGACUGCCAACGUCGUGGGCGCAGUAAGCAAUGCUAACACUAUUUCACCCCGGUCGGCAGCGCCUACCAUUACAACUUUGCUUACCAGCGGUUCCAUACCGAACACCAAUCAGCCGGCCAUCAUACCUUCCCGUGACGAUGCAAUCCAGUUGCUGGCACGGCCUUUAAGUGGUCCUCCAGUAGAUACAGCCGGUCCUUCGCAUAACUUGUUAAGCCCGUCGCAAUCUGCUCCUACUUUGUCUAUGCUGUUAGAGAAGACCAAGACUUCCGUUACAAGCGAAAGUAAAACUCAAGAAUCGGUGAAUAGUGCGAAAGUAAAUGUUACCAAAAAUGAGGAAGAAGCUGACAAAGAACCUAUACCAAUGGAUAUUGAAGAAGACGUAGGUACAGUAAAAGUGAAGAAAAACUCUGAAUCUUCUGUUAUUGAAACGGAUGACACAGAUGAUCCCAAUGAAGAACAGCAACUUUUGGAAGUAUUCAAAAAUAUCGGCAACAUUGAAGAAUUGGUUAUAGAUGACGAAGAGGUUGACUUUCUAAAAGGUGUAGAUGAGGAACCUCCGGCCGAUGUUGCGGGCGAAGAGGAGAGUGACUUUGUUAAUAAAAAUGCUGCAGAAAAGACUCAAACUGUUGUUGCAACUAGUUCAGCAUCGGAAACUGAAAAAUCUGCAAAAGAAGUCGAUUCAAAGCUCUUAACUGGAAAAUCGGAAGCUAUGCCUAAAUCUGAAACCAUAUCCAGUGAUGAUUCAAAUGACAAUCUUCCAUUGUCUGCUGUGGCCUCUUUAGAAUCAUCAAAGGAACGUAACGCAAAUGCGGAUAGUAAUUCUAAUGAAAGCGACUUUUUAAAAGAACUGGAAGAUACUUCCAAUGUUAAAAAUGAAACUAUUCAAGUCGACUCAAAUAGUGAGCCUGCUAUUUCAGAUAUAAACAAAAGCGAACCGUUCGAUAAUGAGCAAGAAACGUCAAAUGAUACGAAGACUUUCGACUCGUUGGCGUUAGAUAAAACAAAACAAGAGGAGAAAGAAGAUGGAGAAUUAACUAAAGAAGAAGAAGAAGAAGAGGAAGAGGAGGAAGUUUUGCAAUUUUCUACUCCUGUUAAGGACACAAGUGUGUCAAAGGAUUCGAUUAAAAGUGACCUUUUGGAUACAAAAAUUGGUGCCGAAACAAUAGAAAAGGCCAAGGACGAGGAGCUAGAAGUGACCGAGGAAGAUGUUGUGGAAGAAGGAAGCGACGUGCACAAUACAUCUGACAACAAACCGUCGGAGGAAAGUCAAAUUGAGGACUCUUCAAACCAACAGGAGUCGGAAGAUGUACAAACGGACAAUAAUGAGUCCUUAAUAAGCACGAAAAUGCAAGCGCCUGCUUGUGUAAGUGUGGCAGACACGGAUGACGACUCAUCUACCUCUACAUUAGGUCAUAAAUUGCCGCAACGUAAGUCCCCGAAUGAAACUAAAACUGAUGACGAAAUGCCUAACCUACCAAUGCCAAUGGUUACUCCCGUAGCCACUGCAACAGCUCGUUCCUCUACUUUACGUAAGCUAAGAGACAGAGAUAGAUCCGAGAGUCCUAUGAUUGAUGAAGACGCUACAAUUAUUAACGAUCAUUCUACAAAUCAAAGAUUAAGGCGACGUUAUUCCUCCACACCCGUUAUCGACAGUAUACCUAACUCGCCCGCUUCUAGUGAUCGAGAUGAGCGUGAUUUAAGAACUUCUAAAAAAACACUCCUCAGUAUUUAUAACGUUCUCUAUAACAGCAAGUAUUCGUCAGUAAUUCAACGAGUUUUGAAACAGGAAAGUUUCCAAUAUAAAUCGGAAAUUUGCUUACGACCUAUGGAUUUUCAAACAAUUAAAAAGAAUAUCGAAUCCGGUUUAGUGCGCAAUGUUUAUGAAUUACAACGCGACAUUUUGUUAAUGUGUCAAAAUGCUUUAAUGAUUACCAACAGUAGGUCAAAUAAUUCCAAUUUGAUUUUAGCCUUUCAACAAGAGUGUCAGUCAGUGCGUGAGUUUAUGCCCAAUCAUUGUGAAACUGUAAACAAAUCUGAAAGAGAGUCUAAAGAUAGCAAAUCUAGUAGCUCUUCUAUGCAGGGCAAUGUUUCAAGGGGACGUAGUGGGUCGCGAAAAAGUUUACGUAUAUCAUAAAUUCGUUUAAAAAAAUUGAAACCACAAAUUUCUGUCAAUAAGUAGCGGCAUUUAGAACACACUUUAAUAGAAUGAUUCCGAAAAAUAUGAAUAUAUGAAGCCGUCAAACAGGUAAGGAAAACCCAUUUGAUGCCAAAAAUUGAAUAGUUGAGUAAUACCAUAAUUUUGAGUAUAUAAUAAAAAUAGUCCGUAGAAAUUGCGGUUUACCGCUAUUGCACUUCAUUAGAUAAAAUAUAAUCAUAAUAAGUGUUAAUAGAGUGAACGUGCACGAAAGCAUUUAUUCUGUGUAAUGAACCGUAACAAAAAGUAUUGUCAUUGAAUCAAUACAUGAAAACUGUAACUAAUUGAUAAUAUAUUAAAUUCAAUUAUAUAUAUAUACAUAGGAUUUUGUCGCCAUCUCAAACGUAUGCAUAAAUUGGACAACAUUAGGUGGGAUGUGUCUGCGCCAUUACGCCCACUUAAACUCGUUCACAUUGUUUUUCUAUUCAGUUCAGUUUUUCGUCUUUAUGCAUUUUAAUUAACUCAUUCUCUUCUCUUCCCAAAUAUAGUUUGCGCUUGAUUUUUCCUCAUAUAUAGCAAAACAGAGGAUUAGAGGUAUAAAAUAAACAAAAGAAAGAGAGAAAUAUUAUUAAAUUAAUUUGCAGAUUUAGUUUGUCUUAGAACCAAUUAAGCCAAUCAACAUUAAUCUUAAAUUCUUAUAAUGACAUGUGACUGUGACUGCUAUGUUAUUGUUGUUGCUAGGUAAUGUGUUGGCUUCAGUUUGUUUUGUUUUUUCUCUUUUUU